AAGGCAAUUAAUUACCGAAGCUAUAUAACACAAGAUGUUUGAAAUGAAUUAAAUUUAAAUUAUAUUUUUUGUCAUAAUGAAUAGAAAAAAAGUUGUAACAGGUGUCUCAGAAGAUGAAUUUGGUGUUAAUGAUCCGAUAGAAGUGACAGAUAGUUCUGACGAUGAAUGGAUUCCAACUACUUCCAAUACUCUAGGUAAACGAACACAUCCAACCAAAAAUAAACCCGAUAUUAAAAAAAAUCCGAAGAUUUUGGAGGAUAAAGAUAAAGUAGAAAUUUUAACUAAAAAAGAAAAAGAAACAAAACCUAGAAUACCCCUACCACCAUUGAUACCAAUAUCAGUUAGAGGUUUGGAAAGAGCGACUAAAAUAGAAGUUAAAAAAGAAAAAUUAGAGUCUGAAGAUGAUGAAGAUGAAGACUUAGGAGAAGAAGAGGAACAUUUUUAUAAAGAUAAACCAGAUUUGAACGCAUUCGUUGUACUCAAAGUUGAUAUGAUUUGUGAAGAGAACCCACUUAUAUGGAAAAUUGAUGACGAGGAAUUGUUACAAAAGUAUGCUCCUUUCAAAAAAGGUGGUAAAAUAUUAUACAAAAAUACUCCUUAUUAUAUUAGUUGGAAUUAUAAUGUUAGAGAGCUGUACUACUCUGCACCUUCUGAUGCUGUAUUAUGUGUUCAACGUACAAACAAAAAACAUGUUGUAGAAUUUUACAAAGAUAAAAUUAAGAUAGAUCCUAAAAUUGAAGAGGCUUUUAAAAAUGUAAUAGAAGAAGAAUCAGUUGAAAUAGCAAAUAAAAAUUUGGAAUACAAGUGCCCAAUUCAAUCACCAUUGAAAAUUAAUCACAUUGGUUAA